UUGUAUAUACCCUUAACUUAACAAAUUAAGAAAAUCUAGCUAGGUCUAUUAGAUCUAGAACUAGAGAUCUAUUCUAUUUAAGCUGUUGAAUAAUAAAAAUUGUAACAAUAGUUCUAAGACCGAAUGUCGACCAUUCAUUCAAAAAGUUCUUGCUUUUUCUUUAGAAUCAAAAGUCGUGUAAGACUCGAUAAGGUAGGUCACAGAUACACUUCACAAGAUGUGAAUCCCCCAAGACAAAUACCAAGAGAAAAACCAGCAGUCCAGAAAAAAUCCUUUCUAAGUGGAUUACCACUUUUGAUUGUGCCUCUGGCUACUUUUGGACUAGGCACUUGGCAGAUACAGAGGCGAGAAUGGAAAUUAAAGUUGAUCAAAGAGAUGGAAGAAAAAAUGCAGGCUACUCCGGUUCCCUUACCAGAAGAUUUAAAGGAAUUAAAAAACAUGGAAUACAGAAAAGUAAAAGUACGAGGAACAUUUGAUCACUCCAAAGAGCUCUUCAUCGGACCUCGUUCAAACCUCCAUGCUGCUGACACAAUGGGAGGAGAAAACAAGGCAGCAUCUAUGGGCGUGCAUGUUGUGACUCCAUUUAAAUUAGCAGACAGGGAUGAAACAAUUCUUGUCAAUCGAGGUCAUGUGAAAUUUCAGAAUCGUCCUCCUCAAAUGAGAUCAGCUGGUCAGGUUGAAGGAGAAGUUGAUCUUGUAGGCAUUGUUAGACUGAGUGAUAAGAAUAUGUAUAUGAAAUCCAACCCUUUAAAAGAUGGUUUCUGGUUGAGCCGGGAAGUAGAGGAAAUGGCAGAUAUUGCUGGGACAUCGGAAGUGUUCAUUGAUGCAGACAUAAAUUCAAGUGUACCAGGUGGACCUGAAGGAGGACAGACUAUUGUUUCCUUACGAAAUGAACAUUUAACUUAUGUCAUUACAUGGUAUACAUUGUCUGCUUUAACCAUGUACCUGUGGUGGAGAAACUACAGAAAUCCUAGAAUAAGCCGUUCAAUGUUACAAACAGUGAAACAGAAUUUUAGAAAGACUUAACCCAAAAACACUAUUUUAUAUGAAAAUAUUUAUAUCAAGUGAAAUAUUUCACUUCAAAAACAUUUAGCUUUUAAUAUUUUUGUUGGCUAAUGUUUGUUAAAUGACAUUGUACAUAGUUAUAAAAAAUAAAGGAUUUUCUAAAUUAUAAA